GUUAAAUUUGCUCGGCGCAGGGCUCUGCUUCAAACACAUUCCACAAACAUCGAAAGAAAAUCAAUAGAUUCUCAUUUUUAAUUGCACGCGUCAGUUAAAUAGUUUUACUUGGAGAAUUAAGAAAUAGAAGAAAUAAACUUUUUUUGUAAAACAUAAAUACAUUCGUUUUACUAUAAAACUUUGUCCAGCAAAAGUGCAAAUUUUAAAAACUACAGAAACAUGAAAUCCAAGAAAAACGAAGCUGAUGCCUCUGGUAGUGGUUCCUCGGAUGAAGAUGCCGAGUAUGUGGUUGAGAAAAUUUGCUCGAGACGUGUACGCAAGGGAAAGGUUGAAUAUUUCUUAAAAUGGAAAGGUUAUCCCGAAUCGGAUAACACAUGGGAGCCUGAAGAAAAUUUAGAUUGCCAAGAUCUAAUACAACAAUUCGAGGAACAAAGACUUAAGGAUGAGGCUUCCAGCAGUGCGAAAACUGAAAAAUCAUCUAAAAAAGAGAAAGAAUCUAGUGGAAGAUCCAGUUCGGCAAGUAAUAAACGCAAAAAUGAAGAUGCUAAAGCUUCAGGCAGCAAAAAGAAGCGCACAGAAACCGGAAAAGAUGAAACCGAUACGGAAUCCGUUUCAGACGGCUCGACAAAACAUUCAGAAUUGACUGGAUUCGAUAAAGGUUUGGAGGCGGAAAAAAUCUUAGGUGCCUCCGAUUCAAAUGGUGGUCUUUAUUUCCUCAUACAAUUUAAGGGUGUCGAUCAAGCUGAAAUGGUGGCUGCACCCGUUGCACAUGUUAAAAUUCCCCAAAUGGUCAUUAAAUUCUACGAAGAACGCCUCUCUUGGUAUUCGGAUAAUGAGGAAUGAACACGUUAUGUUUGUGUCCUGUAAUGUAUAUCUACCUAUAGGUUCUAUUGUCUAAGUUUUGUUCUCACUUCCAUAAAUCAUAUCCUUCUUAUGCUCUGAAUUGAAGUAACACAAUUAACAAAAAAUGUUGGCCCUUUUUUCUUAAUAAAAAAAACAAGCACAACUCGCUGUCUUAGAACGAGUA